AUAAAUAUCGGGAAAUAAAAUAAAUAAUUUAAUAUUAUUAAUAAUUAAUUAUCUUUCACAUAUCUCAAAUCAUAUGUAAUUAUUUCGCAUCAAUAAAUUUCGAAGCGCGUAUAUCACGUAAUUUGUUCCCUUAAUCAAAUAAGAGAUGUGUGACAGAAAUCCAAAAUAAAUUAUCGUUUUGCUAUCUCAUUUUACAAGCAAUAAACCAAUCGAAAAGUUAAAUAUCACCUCUUCAACAUUGAUAUUUUAAAUAUUAAUUGCAACUAUGUGCUUAAUCUAUUUUUUGUUUGUGUUUUUAAAUGUUUAUGAUUAAUAUUAUAUUGCAAUUCUUAAACAUCUUUUGACAUGGAACUAUACGAGUUUUUAAAUUCAAAAAAAGAAGAAUUUAUGUAGAAGGAUUUAUAAUUAAAAUUCGAUUUCCUGAAACAUAGACUUCGAUAACAAAUCGACAAAUUCAUCGUAUUAAAUUUUUUUGUGUGUUCUGUAGACAAGAUUAAGAAAAUAUUUAAUAUGUCAAAAACCAGUACGAUACUCGGAUUGGUUUAUCUGCCAGCGAGAGAGAACAAAACUGUAGUUUAUUUUCUGAAAGCUAGAAAAAAAAUCGACGGUUCAGAGGGAUUGUGGAGAAUAGAAAACAAUCUUUACGAUCUAGAGACUUUCGCGAAUUCGCAUCAGGGUGGUGCAGAAUGGAUUCGGCUCACAAAAGGAACUGACAUUACCGAGUUGUUCCAGACUCACCAUAUCCUCGACAAGGCUGAGCGACUAUUGCCGAAAUUCUUUGUUCGUGAAGCCGCGACACAACGAUCUGCGCCAUUUACUUUCUUAUCGGACGGUUUCUAUCGUACAUUCAAGAAACGCGCUUCUGAGGCUUUGAAGAGUGUCGAUUUUCAUCGGCCAUCAAGAACUACAAAUCUCAUCACUGACUUCUUGGUAGCAAUGACUUUCGUAUUGAGUCUCGCAGCCGCCUUCGUCAAUUCUUAUGCUAUUAUUGUUUUUGCCAGCAUCUUUCUGACAUGGACGACCGUUGCCGCGCACAAUUAUCUCCAUAUGAGAGACAACUUUCGCAUGUAUUACUUCGAUCUCAGUGUAUUAUCCUCGAAGAGUUGGCGUAUCUCGCAUGUAAUGAGUCACCAUAUGUAUACUAAUACUUUAUGGGAUUAUCAGAUUUACGUGGUUGAACCAUUUCUCAAUUGGCUUCCUCGUAAGGAUAAAUCUUAUCUUGCAGGGGUGAUAAGCAAGAUCAUCAGUCCUAUCGUCUGGAUAUUAUUAUUUCUUACAGAAAUUUUCACACGGUACUACUUGGUAUUCAAAGAAUAUGGAGUUUUUGAAUUUCGUGAUUUCAUACCGUUUCUACUGCCUUUGUCGAUGAGUCUGCUAGCACCCAAGAUUCUCGUCGCAAUCAAGCUGUGGCUGAUAAUGCUGGUGAUUACUAGCGCUCUGUUUGGUUUGAUUGGCUUCAACGCGGCUCAUCAUCAUCCCGAUAUUUUUCACGACGGUGAUAUCUACAGGGAUGAUCUGGACUGGGGUCUGCUCGAGAUGGAUUCAGUGCGCGAUCGCAAAGUGAUUGACCACUCGAUUUUCCUAGCGCUCACGCACUUCGGUUCGCACACACUGCAUCAUCUUCUGCCCACUAUAGACCAUCACUAUUUGCAAUUGUGCGUGCCCGCUUUUCUGCAGACGUGCAAGGAAUUCGGCCUUAAUUCGGACAAGUGGACGCAGUGGGAGCUUUUUAAGGGACAAUUCAGGCAGCUCAUGCGAACCGAAUCGAAGAAGAAUCACAGAUAGUGAUUCUUAUCUUCGAGCCAAUUGUGCACGAAUUCUUCCGUCUCUUCGUUAUUGUCAAAUCGUUGUCCUCAUCCAACACCUCUUUUAGCGGUCCAAACAAAUGGUAAUCAUAUCGGAGAUAAAUCGGGAUUAUAAGAAGAAUGUUCAACGGUGGUCCAAUACAACUGAGCCAAUUUCUCUUGGAUUAUGGAGCCGGCAGUGUAAGGUUUAACAUUCUCUCGGCAAAAGCAACAUUCUUUUCGUGCGCAAUUUAUUUCAAAUAUGUCCCAUUAUUUUUUAUGACACAGGAGUAAACAAAUUGUCAAUUUGAUAAUAAAAGUACUUAGAUAUUAUGAAAUUAUUUUAAGAAAAAUGAUUUGGGUAUACGUUGAAAAUAUUUUAUUCGAAUAAAAAGUUUUGGAAAAAAUUCGAUUAAUAUUAUUUGAUUGCCUCUCAUACUUAUCUUUCUUUAUAAAUUAUAAUUAAUUAUAUGUAAUGUGAUAUCAUUUGAACAUGUAACGAUGCGCAUUGUUGAUUGAUUAAACGUUUUCCACGAUCCGCUGCGUUCGUGUUUUUAAUAAUUAAUUCUCUCUCUCUCUCUCUCUCUCUCUCUAUCUAUCUAUCUAUCUAUCUCCUCCCCCUCCCACUCUCUCUCCUCCUCCCUCUAUGUUUCUUUAUCUCUAAAUAACAGUUAUUUCUUUAAACAUAUUUAGAAUUAAAUAUAUUUUUGUCCGAUCCUUUAUCCUUCGACGGCAUGGUUCGGAUUAAGAUCGCGCAAUUAAACAAAUCUCAAAAUUGAGUAAUUAACAAAAGGCUUCAUGACACAUCAAUCGUCCAAUUAAUAUAUAAUCAUAAUAUCAAAUAUACCUUAUACUUUAAUACUUCGCGUAUAUAUAUACAUAUAAUAUAAUAUAAUAGUACGUAAAAUAUUUCGGCAAGAACUUUUCAAUAACAAAGUGUUUGGCUUCGCGACUCUGUUGUUUACGUUUACAUAUAUGGUCUUAUCAUUCGUACGGGCGACCCUCAAACUGUAAUGUAGUGGUACGAAGCGCUGCGCAUAUUCUUAAAUAUUUUUCCUAAAUGUAAA